UGUAUCUUUUCUCCAAAAUCCAUCCCACAAAAGAAUCUCCCUCUAAAAAACAAGAACAGGAAUCCACAUUUCUCGGUCUCGUAAAAAACAUCUUCCAAUUUCGGUAGUCGAAAAACGUUCGGUUAUCAUCUCCUCCUCAACCGCAGCGUCAAAAAUGGGCGUCUUCUUCUACUGGAACCCCUUCAACCUUGUCUCCCUCCUCUUCCUCCUCCUCCUCCUCAUCACUCUCUCUCUCUUCAUUGGCCCUUCUUGUAUUGCUGCAGACGACGUCGUUAAUGGGGCAAGAAACCCAUCUUCCUCCCCACCGCCACCGCCUCCUCCACCCAAACCAACAAGUUUCUCGCCGUUUCGGCCUAGCAUAGCGGUCAUAGUCGCCGUCUUGACCACCAUGUUCUCCGUCACCUUUCUCCUCCUCCUCUACGCCAAGCACUGCAAGCGUGGACACGUCGUCGUCAUCGGCCACGAACCUCCUUCCUCCGCCGUCAGGAAGAAUUCGGGUAUCGACCGGACCAUUAUCGAGUCCUUACCCGUCUUCCGAUUCGGAUCUCUCCGGGGCCUAAAGGAUGGGCUCGAGUGCGCCGUUUGUCUCGCUAGGUUCGAGUCCACGGAGGUCCUCAGGCUGCUCCCCAAAUGCAAGCACGCCUUCCAUGUUGAAUGCGUCGACACCUGGCUCGACGCCCACUCCACUUGCCCGCUCUGCCGGUACCGGGUCGACCCGGAAGAUGUGCUUCUUAUUGACGACGCCAAAAUCUUACCCGAAACCCACCCUGUUCCGCCCCCGGAGAACAACGACGUCGUCGUUAUCAACGUCGACGGGGCGAAUCCGGAAAUUCGGCGGGUUUCCGGUCGGCACUCUUCCGCCGGUGAGAGAGGGACCGGGUUCUUGCAGUUCGUGUUGCAGAGAACAGGCGAGCCCGGUUCUCACGAUCCGACGUCGUUCAGGAGAUCACUCGACAGUGCGGGCUUAAGAAAGAAGAGCGAGUCCGUGGCCGUCGGAUGCUUUGACCGUCCCCGAAAGGACGGGCUCUUGUUGACGGACGACAGGACGUGCUUGGAGCGUACAAGGUUCGAGCACCGGAUCAUUGUCUCCCCAGGAACAGGUGGGUUCCACCAAAGAUGGAGCGACGUGCAGCCGUCCGAUCUGCUGUAUCUACAAUCAGAAAAGAUAAUGAGCGACAGCCGUAGAUUCUCGUCGUCAGCAUCGGGAUCUCGGCCUCGGCAGCAGCACAGCAGCAGUAUUAUUGGCGGGAGCGGGUGGUGGGGUGGCAGAGGCGUAAUAAACGCAAGAAGCGUGUCGGAAAUCACGGGCUUAAGCAGGUUCCCAAACACCAACACCAACAACAACAACAGAGCGUCAGCGUGUAGUAAUCGGAGCCAUGAUGAUUCCCGACGGGCCGGGGUUGUAUCGAGGUGGUUGGCGUGGAUUUCGCAGACACGGCCAGCGCCAGCUGUACGGUCGGGACGUACCACUGGAAUUGCAGCUUAGCUUUAGCUUUAGUUAUACACGUACACGGUAGUACUGUACACAAACAGGAAAAGAAAUAACUGCUAUGUCUGUUUCUUUCUUUUUCAAGAGGAGGGGUCUGGCAGAUGCACGGCUGUAGGGACAGAGAUUGCAGACCACAAACGGACACCAAAGAAGAAAUUUCUUCUCUUUUUUCAAGCACAGGAGAGCACGUGGGUCGAAGAUGCACAGCAUUGAGUGUGCUACAGGAUUCAAUAAUUUUAAAAUCUUCUCUGCUACUGGCGAUGGCGGGUAUUUGGAUUGGUGCAUGUUUGGGCUCGCCUCGCCUCUGUACAAAAAAGGUUGUGUGUAAUAGAAGAAGAAGAAGAAGAAGAAGAAGAAGAGAAGAAUUGAGGAGAAUUGAGGAUGAGGACAGAAUAGGACUUAAAAUAAAAGUUCUUGGUAAUUAUGAUUAACUUUUUUAAUCCUGGAUAAUUACAUUCUUCAUCUUCUAAUUCAUGCUUCAAA